AGCUUUACUUCGAAAGUUACAAUCGGAAGUUGAAUUCAUUUAUGCUUUUCACUUGACGCUGGCUCCUCCGUCUCGUGCUGUUCUGCGCUCUUCCCUCAGUAACUACAGUGAAUUAGUCUGUUACCACCUGCAGUUCACUGUCUACAACAGCAUUCCCUUGCAGUGUAAUGGCAGGUCGGGCUGCUGCUGCCUCCAGGUUGAUGGAGAUAGAUUAUGAACAUACACUCAGCCCUGCAGGCAACUAAACCUCUACUAGUCCUACUGUAACUCCAGAUCCAAGAUCACCGUCAAACAGCCGAGCACCCAUCAGCGAUAAUGGAUCCAAACUCCUACAUCGAGCGUAAAGAGACACCUGGUCCAGUUUACCUGAGGCUCCUUCGCUCUAGGUGCUGCUAAGCCUUCUAUUCACAGUGUCAUUUCAUGGCUGGGAUUCAGCAGCUCCCUGUUAACUUGCUGACAAAUGUUUGCUGAAACCGUCCGCCUGAAGGAGCAUUGAAAAGACAAAAAAAGCGACCUUGGCUGUCGACUGCAAGCAGUUUGUGUGUCUGUGGUUAGGUCUGUAAUCAUGGGGAAAGAACAGGAUCUGCUGGUGGCAGUGAAGAGUGGAGAUCUUCUGUUGGCGCAUAAACUUCUCUCCAAAGUCAAGUGCAACAAAACAAGAACAGCUGAAGAGAGACAGUAAAUGUGGGAGAGAGAGAGGGGGUGACAUGCAGCAAAGGGCCGCGGGCUGGAUUCAAGCCCAGCCUGCUGCAGUAAUGACUCAGCCUUGUACAAGGUGCACGCGCUCCACCAGAGUUGCUGGGCUCCACCAAGAGACUCAACAUCAACUACCAAGACUCAGAUGGCUUCUCGGCACUGCACCAUGCCGCUCUGACGGGCACCACGGAGCUGCUCUCUCUGUUGCUGGAGGCCCAGGCCACGGUGGAUAUCAAGGACAUCAACGGCAUGCGUCCCCUCCACUAUGCAGCAUGGCAGGGUAAAGCAGACUCUGUGUUAUUGUUGCUGAGAGCUGGAGCAUCAGUCAACUCCCCUUCCCAUGAUGGACAGAUACCGUUACAUCUCUCUGCUCAGUACGGACACUACGAGGUGUCUGAGAUGUUGCUGCAGCACCAGUCUAAUGCCUGCCUGAUGAACAAGGCAAAGAAGACUCCUCUAGAUCUGGCCUGCGAGUUUGGGAGACUGAAGGUGGCUCAGUUGCUGCUGAGCAGUAACAUGGUGGCAGCGCUGUUAGAAGGGGAGGGAGGGCACGACAGCCUGGACUCUCCAUCCACCACCCCCCUCCACCUGGCAGCCAGGAAUGGACACAAAGACAUCAUCAAGUUGCUGCUCAAAGCCGGUAUUGACAUCAACAGAGCCACCAAAGCGGGGACGUCUCUGCACGAGGCUGCCCUCUAUGGCAAAACCGAAGUUGUGCGACUGCUGCUUGAUGCGGGCAUCAAUGUGAACAUGCGCAACACGUACAACCAGACAGCUUUGGACAUCGUCAACCAGUUCACCACCUCCACAGCCAGCAGGGAAAUCAAACAGCUGCUGAGAGAAGCAUCAAGCUCUCUCCAGGUCAGAGCAGUGAAGGACUACUGGAACCUCCAUGACCCCACCGCUCUUAACCUCCGGGCUGGAGAACUUAUUAUGGUCCUGGAGCAGCACUCAGAUGGCCGUUGGAAAGGUCACAUCCAUGACACCCAGCGGGGGACGGACCGGGUGGGCUUCUUCCCCCCUUCAGUGGUGGAGGUCCUCAGCAGACGAGCAGGGGGCACUCUCUCCCGCCAAGCCUCAAUACCUUGCCAACGACAACACUUUGCGUCCAGAGCUCCUCCCUCAAGCCACGGCCCCGCCCCUCAGACUGGUGACACCCUUGGCUAUGAUCCCACAGGUGCUCCACCUGACAGUCAGCUCUCAGCCCCAGCUAGUCCCGCUAGCCCGACUCAGGACAUUUGGGUCCUCAGGAGGUCUCCCACUGGUGACAGAAGCAGUGUUGGCAGCGCUGGCAGUGUGGGCAGCAGCCGCAGCGCUGGUAGCGGCCAGAGCUCAGAGAGCGGCCACAAACAGAAUGGGACUCAAAAUUGCCACAAUGAUGACACUGGCAAGCUGGCUCCCUCUGCUGGUGAAUCAGGAGACCAUCUUCACAUUGCAGGAGCAGACCACAGCAAACAGGCAGAUGGAACCACAGGUGGUUUCCGUCGGCAGGUGAACGGCACUCCUCAGAAAGGCUUCGUGAGGCCAGAGCACCUGCUGGAUGGCAAGGACUGUGAGGCCAUCUACCAGUGGUUGUGUGAGUUCCAGUUGGAGCAGUACACAUCCAACUUCAUCAACGCAGGAUAUGAUGUACCCACCAUCAGCAGGAUGACCCCUGAGGACCUGACAGCCGUCGGAGUGACCAAACCAGGCCACCGAAAGAAGAUCUCAAUGGAGAUCGGCAAGCUGAGCAUCCCUGAGUGGCUGCCUGAUUACAUUCCUUCGGACCUGGGGGAGUGGUUGAGUGUGAUUGGACUGCCUCAGUACCAGAAGAGAUUGUGUGACAAUGGCUAUGACUCCAUCACUAUUGUCAAAGACAUCACCUGGGAGGACCUGCAGGAGAUAGGCAUCACCAAACUGGGCCAUCAGAAGAAGUUAAUGUUAGCAGUGAAGAGACUUUGUGACCUGCAGCGCUCUCGUAACCAUUCCGACAGAGCUGGAGGCGGGACUCUCCGACGGAAGCCCCCCGCCGCCCUGGAACUGGUGGCCAUCGAACACACACCAACACACAAUGUGCACGCUCACACUCACUCUGACGCUUCUUCUGACAACUGCUGCCCCUCCCCUCGCACACCCAGGGCCCUCCUCUCUUUCCAGGACAGCGAGUUGAGCGCCGAGCUGCAGAGUGCCAUGAUGGGCAGGGCGGGAGGAGGAGCUGCCGAGGCGUUCGCCAUCAAGAGCGUGACCUCUGCUGCAGCUAUAUCGGCCAUGUCAGUCAGUCAGGAGAGCAUCAGCAUGCGAUCGCGGGGAUCAGGGAAUUCUGGGAAUUCUGGAAAUUCGAAUUCGGGAUGUUCUCAAGAUCACCAAGCUGCACCGUCUUCAGCCAAGACAUCCAGCCGGUCAGAGGAAAGUCUGGGGAGUGGUGUGGGGGAGGAGGCCAAGCGUGGAGGAAGCAGUCCUGGAGGCAGAAGUAGACAGAGACCCACAGAGAUGUGGGAGCACCAGAGUCGGUCUGCUAACCCCAACAAACUUCCCUUCUGCCCCCAAACACCUCCGCUAACCCCCAGCAAGAUGCCUCGCUUUGCCUACCCGGCCGUCCCACCCAAGGCCAAACACUUCCAGUCCCCAAACCGCCUACAUCAGACUCAGCACCACCCGCCCUCCUCCCCUUCCUCUCCAUCCCCGCAGCCUUCCCCCACACAGAAGGCCUUCAGUUACCUCCACGCCCAGGCAGGAGGCAUCAACGGGGCUCCAUGGGUGCUCUCCAAGCCUCUGCCUGGAGCUGUCCCUCUGCUGGGCCCCCGGCCAGGACAGGGCCCAGCUGAUGACGCCCAGAAGGGCCCGCACAAGAAGCGCGCCCAAAGCCUGACUCGAUACGCUCUGUCCGACGGUGAGCCAGACGAAGACGACGACCUCGCUCCCCCCUGCACCUCUGCUUCCUCUGCAGCCAUGCCCUCCUAUGCCACAUUGUCGCGCAGGCCGGGACGCGGGCACACAAGUGCCACAGGGACCCAACGCCACAUCAACCGCAGCCACUCGUUCGCCGUGCGAUCCCGACGCAAAGGCCCACCCCCGCCGCCGCCCAAGAGGAUGAGCUCGGUAAGCGGCAGCCCGGCACGCCAACCAGGAAAUGGGAAAGUGGUGGAGCCAGAGGUGAAAGGAGGGGUGGAGAUGGAGAGCACAGGCAGUGUGAGAAGCAUCGCAGCCAGGCUAGAGGGAAGCAGCAGCAGUCCAUCAAGGAGGAUAGAUAUACCACCAACUCAGAUCCCAGCUUCACCUGUUUUCAGCCCUGUUUCCUCCCCGAUUCCAUAUGGGAUGACUCCUCACAUCAUCCUACAGCACUCCAAACCUGUCCCUGCUCUGGGCCUGGGGGGCCUGAGGAGGACAGGAAGCGAGAGGACAGAAGUAGAGACUGACAGACAAAGAGGUGGAGGCACAGAGGGACAAGAAGAGAAAGAGAAAGCAAGGAAAAGUGAAAGAAUAUCAAAGAGUGGUACUGCAUCUUCAAAGCACAGCUCCGGUGACCACCUCCCUUUCGCUGAAGAAGGCAACCUCACUAUCAAACAGCGGCCCAGGAUAGCAGUUGUCACUCGAGCAGACUUUGAAGCCAAGACUCCUCCAGAGGGUCCAUUCCAGACCCCGAACAGCCUGGAGCUCCCAGAGUUCAAUCUCAAAGAGUCUGACACGGUAAAAAGACGACACAAACCCAAAGACUCGUCGACACCUGAUGAGGCUACCACCCCCAACAGAGACGACAGUCACCCGCAAACCAAGAGUCCCCACACACAUGAUGAUAUCACGCUGAGCGACAAUGAAUCUCAGAGGCCAGGGAAUGUGUUCCAGAGAGUAGGCUCCAUGGGAAAAGGCCCAAAGCCUCCAGUGUCCUCAAAACCUUCCAGUCCUCUCAAACAACCCCCUAACAGCAAACCAACAACCCCCCAGAAAACAGUCUCUCAAGUGCAAGCUAGUGCACAAACAGCCAUUCCUAAACUAACCAGCGUACAGAUUCACACAGUUUCCCCAAAGCUGGGGGGCAGCAUACACACUCAGACAUGUGUACCCAGUCCCAAACCUGUGAAACACCCACAGACAGUGAUGUCCAAGCCAGAGAGUCCACAGAAAGCUGCUGGUUUAAGACUCCCUCAACCCAGCAUGGCAUCGGCAUCAACAGCAGUACCGAACCUAACUGUGGUCCAGAGCGUUGCGUUCGCUGCUCCGUCCUCCCCAGCUUCGGCCCCUUCGUACCCCACCUCGGCACUACCGGGUCAGGCAGGGAAAACAGGGACACCCCUGGCUGGUGCGGGCGGUCUGGAGGUGCUGGCUCAGAAGAGGCUGGAGCAAACCAGUACGUCACUGGAGGCUGCUCUCAAAGUGGUGGAGAACAAACUGGCACACGGGAGCAGUGUGGACGGUGGCAGCAGCACAGUGAAGGCAGCAGGAAAUAUUCUGGAUGACAUCGGCAACAUGUUCGACGACCUGGCUGACCAGCUGGACGCCAUGUUGGAGUGACAGCCCCAAACUCUGCCUCACAGGGACAAAGUUCCUUUCUUAAGAAAGCAACAGAGGAGAGUGAGAAGUGAGAAGCCAGCAAACAGGAGCUGAAGAUGAACCUUUGAGGCUGGUAAGAACAGAGGCAGUGGAGGGCUCAGCACCUCUUCAUGACUCUGGAUGAAUCAGUAAGUGCACAUGUGAGGAUUUCCUGCACAACUUUUCCUCAAUAUUGCCCAGUUUUUCAACGCGAGCACUUCGCCUUAGGACACACACCUGGGAAUGUUAUUGGAGCAACAACAAACAGCAGCUGCGAGAUCAGCUUGCAGAUGUCUUCGUGUGUUCAGUAUAUUAUCACUAAAGGGAAUGAGGGCCCAUUUUAUUCACAUGUUACCUGUACAUGUAUAGAUAAGUCUAUGGUGGCACUGUGUAUGUGUGUAGUCAGAUAUCUUUAUACUGAGUAUAUUUAUACUUCUAUAUGUUUGUUUUUUAACAAAUGGAGUUCCUAUUGACUUAAAUCAUUCUAGUGUACAUUAGCAUUACUGUGUUAUAUAUAUUUUGCUGCUUAAUGUCUAUAACAAGGGGAAAAUAUUGUUUAUUGUAUUAAAAGCAGCAUAUUCCAUAUGUAUGUACUAGAUUUCAUUUUACAUGUUUUUACCAAAGUCUUUAAUCCUCUUCAGGAGGCACAUUAAGAGGUCAGCACAAAGUGAGGAAACAUUCUUUCUUUAUUAAGCAUUAUUGAAAAGACAUGUUUAUCAGGUGUGACUGCUGUGGAGUAAAGUUGAUAUUUAGAGACUGUGGAGCUCAGUCCACCUGCCGCUAACAGUUUGGAAGGUUUUACAGCUCGCCUCAGGGUGCUAUGAAGUGAAUUUACUGUAAGUGUGCUGUUUCCAAAGAAUGGGAGAUGCUUUUAAACAUUUUAACAGUGGCCUGUUACAAAGCAUUUCAAGUAAGGUCAACCUUCUGAAAGACUGUUAAUUAUUUCAAAGUGACUGAACACUGUAAGAGAUUUACAGUUUUACAAUGCAGAGUAUGGAGUCUGGAGUGUGCCACCGGAAUAAUUAAAGACUUUUACAUGUUUAAUUAUAAUCAAUUAAUGUAUUGAUAGAUUUUUACAUUGUUUUUUAUUGUAAAUUUAUUAAUUAAAAUUGCAUUUAACUAUGCAAUAUAAAACUGAAAGUAUAAAGAAAUAAUAAAAAAAUAAUUAGAUUUGCCAGUUGAUAUUUUUAUUUCCUUAUUCUUAUCUUUAAAUUUGAAAAUGGAAUCACAAAAUCUAUUUUGAAAAGGCUUUCAAAUGUGACUUUUUGUUAUAGCAUUUAGUAAAGUGUUAUUUCAGUUUCACAAUGCAUUAAAGGUCCAGUGUGCAGGAUUUAGUGGCAUCUAGCGGUGAAACUGCAGUUUGCAACAAUUUGUAUACCGCUCGCAUCGCCCUCCCCUUCCAAGCGUGUAGGAGAAACUAUGGUGGCUGCGAAACUCAAGAAAAAUGUGAACGGCCCUGUCUAGAGCCAGUGUUUGGUUUGUCCAUUCUGGGCUAAUAAAUAUUAUAUUCCAUUUCUGCCAAUAGCUCCUCCUAAAUGUUACACACUGGACCUUUAAGCCGGCUGCAUGAUUCUUACAGCGGGCUCCGUAAACACGAGCAUAAUUGCGCCUGGUGUGCAGAUGAUUGGCUCUUUGGUCUGUGGGAACCCCGACCUAAUCGCUUCCUUUCCAGCCUUCUGUCAAAACACAAUAAUAAUCAGAUAACCAACGUAUUUAUAAAGACCAGAAGAACAUAAAAAAGUGGAACAGUGGCGACAUACAGCCACUAUUUAAGUUUUAACUAAGAACCGUCACUUUUAUUUUUUUCUGCUUCAUUCUACAGCAGCCUCAAAAGAGAGUUGUCUUUAAAUUGAAGCAAUCAUGUAAUGGAAACCGUAAACGUUAAAGUAGGAAACUACGGAGUCAUGAGAUGGAAUUUGAUUAUUAAUUCAUCAUUUAGAGACAGAAUAAGAGAAAACAGAAUUAUUAGUCUGCAAAUUUAACAAUCGUUUAAUUAUUUUUUACUUUGAGUUUUAUUAUGCCUCAUUGAAAUUAUUCCGGCACACUCCAGACUCCAUAGCAGAGAAGGGACCUCUCACCAAGCAAUUAGUGGGUCUUACUUUUUAUUUUUUUGAAUCAACAACUUCAUCCUAUCUCAUUAAACAUUACUAUGGAUCCGUUGCAUAUGGCUGUGUGUUACAAACCCCACCUCUUCCACAAGCUUAUAGUUGGAUUGGUAAACCCAGAGUUAACAGAAGCAGCCGUUAACCAGCUUUGAGACAAGUUAUUCAGGAUUAACAGUGUUAGGCUUAUUGUAUUAGUAUUAGUACUCCUUUCAUUUACCUAUCCCUCUCUUUUUACGCACCUUAUAGAGUAUUCACUGCACAAAAAGAUGCUGUUAUUAUUAAUUCAUCUGACUCUGCUGUCGCUCAUUGACCCAAUGCCAUGCACUUAUUGUGCGGUUGAAUGCCUGUUUGUGAGCCAUCCUCUUUCAAUGAGGCCACUAAAGAAAAGCCAUUACCUGCAGCUAUCUUUAAACCUACAUUUGUCCAACAAAUGCACUCUUUGAUUUUUUUUAAAUAGCGUUCAUAAAGUUCUUCCAAAACUUUUGCAGGGAGAAGAUUUGGGUGCGCAGUAACAAAACCAGGGAGUUGGCAUGUUUUUAACAUACUGAGCUGUUAGAACUACUGGUUCCUCUGUUCUAUUUUGGUGUAUGCCUGUUACUUUGUAUUAACAUUUCCACUGAAUUCUGUAUCAUCCUGGAGUCAUUAAAAGGACAAUUUGUACUGAG